UUUUUCAUCAAUUGAAAUCUGUUUCUAUAUCUAUGUAGUGUGAAAGUACCAAUUAUGUUAUCAUCUUGACCACAUGUUUUUUUUCAUGCUUACAUGUUUUGUCUCCAUUACUCCUCAGGCACAUCAGCAAUCCAGAUAUUUUGCGAUUCGACUGGCGCUUCACAUGGUUCAACAAAGUCCGACUGUUGUCCAUUCAGAAUGUCAACUUCAAAUCUGUGCCUUGCGAUGCCUGGCUUAAUAUGGAAGGCAUGGAGGUUUUGGACAUAUCAAACAACCGCCUGCAGGACAACAUCCUCUUCAACCAGAGAUGCGACUACAGGGGCACCAUGCCGGCUCUUCGUUCCUUCAAUGUCAGCACCAACCAACUGACAAGCCUUAAGGACUUAGCCUCCCUGACCAGGGAGUUCAAACAGUUGAAGGUCCUGGAUGUCAGCCACAACAUGCUUGGCUCUGCUGAGAAGAGUCGCAACUGUAACUGGAUGCAGAACAUCACCCAGGUGAUCGCUCACCACAACCGAUUCGAAAGUGGUGCCGUCCAGUGUCUGCCCACCACAGUACAAUUCCUGGACCUCUCGUACUGUGACCUGGACCAGCUGGACAUGGCCUACUUCCAACAAACCAUCAGCCUCAAGGAGCUCCUGCUCAAUGGGAACAAGAUCAAGUUCAUCCCCUCUGGGUGGAGAAGUCGCUCCUUGCAGUCACUGGCUCUGGAUGGGAACUCCUUUGGGCUCAUCAGCAUGGGCUCCUUCCAGGACAUGCCCCAGCUUUCUCGACUGACAGCAGGGAACAACCCAUUCCACUGCACAUGCGACCUCCACGCCUUCAUCCAGGACACAAUUUCCAAGAGGAAGGUCAACAUCACUGACUGGCCAGAGAACUACAAGUGUUACCACCCAGAGGCCCUGCUCAAUACCGCUGUGGCAAAUUUCUUCCCGGGUCACGUGGCCUGCGAUAUCAGACUGGUCAUCAUCAUCUGUGUGGCUACUACUGCUGCUGUGGUUUUAGUGUUGAUGCUUAUAUGCUACAUAUUCAAUGUUCCCUGGUACACCAAAGCCACAUAUCAGAUCCUCAGAGCCAAAUACAGGGCUCAUCAGGAAGGAACAUCUGGAAAAUCACAAAUCUAUGCUUACCAUGCAUUCAUCUCCUAUAGCCACCCGGAUGCAGACUGGGUCAGGGACCAGUUGUUGCCCUGCUUGGAGAACAGCAAGCCCCCCUACCGACUCUGUAUCCAUGAGAGAGACUUCAUGCCAGGAAAAUGGAUAAUCGACAACAUCAUUGAAAAUAUUGAGAGCAGCGAAAAGGUCAUAUUUGUGUUGUCACACCACUUUGUGAACAGCGAUUGGUGCAACUACGAGCUCUACUUUGCCCAGCAAAGAGCCAUCAGCAAGACCUUCAGUGAUGUUAUUCUGGUGGUUAAAGAACCCAUCGACCCUGAAUCUCUGCCCAGCAAGUAUUGUAAGCUCAAGAAGAUGCUGAACACCAAAACGUACUUAGAGUGGCCCCAGCAAGUCAAGCAGCAGACCUUCUUCUGGGCUCAACUUAGGAGCUGCCUGGGCAAGCCCACAGUGACUAGAGAGCAGGCUCUUAGUGGUAGGAGCAGCAGUGUAUCCUCAGUUGGCGCUGUGCCUGUGAUAGAGAUUCCUCUAGAGGAUGAGAAGCCAGCGAUAGCUAUGCCAAAUUUAGACAGAGAAGCAGAGCUCCACAAAGUAGUUCCUCAGGAGAUCAAAAAUCUUUUCAGUGAGAAGUGCAGAGUUUUGUGGGCAAAGACUGAUCCCUGUAGCCGUGGCAUGAGACAAAAUAAGCCAAGCAUGUAGCUUGUAAUGUGCAAAGUGUCCCAAGACCAAUCUCUCUCUGAAGUGCUGAGCUUGAGUGACUUCUUGGCCAUGCUGUGGCAGAUAAUGUGUUUCCAAGCUGCUUGUGGCAUUAGCAAGUGUUUCAUAAUGAUGACAGUGCAUAACAUGAUCCGUCUGCCACCCACCCUUCUGACAUGUACAGUGCUUACUCCCCCUUGAACUCUUUACAUUUUCUUGCGAUACAAAGUGGGAUUGAAAUAGAUUUAAUUGUAAUUUUUUUGUCAUUGAUCUUCACAAAAUACUCCAUAAUGUCAAAGAGUUAUACAAAUGUUUACAAAUGAACACAAAUGAAAUAUUAAAUUAAAAAUCAUCUUAACAAAUCUCAUAAUAAGUUAUAUGGACUCACUCUCUGUGAAAUAAUAGGGGUUGAUGGGAUUUCUGAAUGACUACUAUCCUUUGUCUCCCACACACACACACGCCACACACACACGCGCACACGCACACGCACACGCACACAACAUCUGUAAGGUCCCUCAGUCAAGUCUUGAAUUUCAAGCACAGAUUUAACUACAAGGACCAAGGAGCUUUUUGAAAGAAGGGAAGUGAUUGGUAGAUGGGUAACAAUAACAAAUCAGACAUUGAAUAUAUGUUUAAGCAUGGCCAAGUUGAUAAGUAUGCUGUGGAGGAUGUAUCAAACAACCCAGACACAUCAAAGAAACAGUCGUCCUUCUGAACUGAGCUGCAGGAUAAGAAGGAAACCGCUUAGGGAUGUCAACAUAAGGACAUUGCUGAUUUUAAAACAGCUACAGAGUUCAAUGGCUGUGAUGGGAGAAAACUGAGGAUGGAUCAAUAACAUUGUAGUGACUUCACAAUAAAUGACAGAGAAAAAGAAUAAUACAAAUACACAGAAUAUAUAUUUUCCCCAAAACCUGCAUAUGUAUGCAACAAGGCACUAAAGUAAUACUGAAAGAAAAAGAAACAAGGCAAAGGAAUACAGUUUUUUGGACUAAAUGCAAAUCACUGAGUAACUGCCUCCUUAUUUGCAAGCACGGUGGUGGCUGCAUCAUGGUAUGGGUAUGCUUGACAUCGGCAAAUACUGGUGAAUUGUUCAGGAUAAAAAGAAACAGGAUGGAGCUAAGCACAGGAAAAACCGUAGAGAAAAACCUGCUUUAGUCUGCUUUACACCAGACACUGGGAGAGGAGUUCACCUUGAAGCAGGACAGUAACCUAAAACACAAAGCCAAAUCUACACUGGAGUUGUUUACCAACAAGACAGUGAAUGUUCCUGAGUGGCCAAGUUACAGAUGACUUAAAUCUGCUUGGAAUUCUAGGGCAAGUCUUGAAAAUGACUUUCUAGCCAUGAUCCCCAACACCUUCCCAGAAUUUUGAAAAGAAUAAUGGGGAAAUAUUGCACAACACAGGUGUGCAAAGCUCGUAUAAGACUUACCCAAGAAGACUCAGAGCUGUAAUCACUUCCAAAGGUGUUUCUAACAUGUAUUGACUCAGGGGGUGACAAUGUAUCUAAUCAAGGUGUAUGAACGUUUUAUUUUUCAAUUAUGCUAAAAAAAACUUUGACAGAGUAUUUUGUGUAGAUCGUUGACGAAAAAAAGACCAUGAAAUCAAUUUGAAAUCCAGUUUGUAACACAAUAAAAUGUGAAGAAAUUCAAGGGGGGUGUAGAUAAUUUCUAUAGGCACUGUAAGCUCUCUGCCCCAUGUGCUCUCUAAGCGACCCAGGCCAAGGGCCCUGCUGACAGGUGUUGAUAGACCACAAACUCAACAGCUCAAAUGGGAUCUCCCGUGUCACACUUCAGAUAACAAGCAAGGUGCCAGGAAGAUAUGGUGACAGGUGUCAUGCAGCGUGGUUACACUCCCAACACCACUCGGCCAAUGAUCACAAUUACUGUAACACAAAAUGGAUGCCAUUUAGCAGACAUUUUAAUCCAAAGCAAAUGACAUUUUAUGUGCACGUGCCACAUACACAUGCCAUGUAGAAUCUGCUCUGGGUAUGCAAGCCACAAAUCUCAUAUGAAAGAGGGAACCAGUGGGGACUGCAUGUUAAAUGACAGUUGUUUAGAAUGAAAAAUGUAGCUUAUGCAAUGUAUUCAUGUCCAGUAAUUUUGAGAAAAAUGUGAUCCAAAUAUUUAAAACAAUAUAAAUACAUUAUAAUAAUGAAAUAUAGUUUCCUAAAUAUGUUUUACUUUUCUAUACUCUUUACAUGCUUUAAUGUACAUGUGAAUGUUAUUGUUAAUGUGAAUGGUAUUUACUAAUUAAGUAAAUAACAAACAAGUUAAUUGCUUAUCAUAACAUUUUUCCUAAUGCAAAUGCAUUUAAGCCAAUAACUCUAAUAAAACAGUGGUGUGUUUUAUACUUGACUGUUGAGUGGGUAUUUAGAAAUAGGGAUGUGUUAAAAUGCAGUGUAAUUCUGUUUUACAAUAUCAGUGUGAAGGGCUACUUUGUGAAACAAUAGAUGACACCCUUUUACAUUUUCUGGAAGUCACAUUUAUUUGAUGUGUGUGUGUGUGUUUUGAGGAAGAGAUCCGACUUAUAUCACAGACACUGGCAGAUGUCAGACAUGAUAUAACAAACAGCAUCUGCCUGUAGUUAUAUGCCCAGCAAGACAACAAACAUGACAUAAUGCCACAGGGGUCACAUGAAGUUCAGAUUGAUUCUGGGAAGAAUAUGCUGAGAUCCUUUCGCAUGGGAUAUUACUAUCUGGGUGUAUAUAUAUUUUUUAUUUUAUACCAUUUUGAUAUCUUGCAAUGCUUCCAGAUUCAAUAUCCAAAUAUUUGAACGUUGAUUUGAUGUACAUCAUUAAAUAUGG